CCCAGCGCACUAACCCCUACCCCUUCCCCUUGACCAUCCCACCCUUGCCACCCCUUGGCCCACACUCCACCCCCUCCCGCCUCUAUAGUGUUUUGUUAGAUUAUGUAUAUAUAAAUAUUUUUGAGAAAAAAAUAAUAAUUUGCUUACUUACCAAAUAAUAGAAAAUAAAUAAAAAUCCAACUCAUUUUCCAUCAAAUCAAACACACUCUAUAUGCUACAACAAAUGCUAGAUUCAUAUCAUAUCCAAGACAAAGUUAUUUAUGGAUCAUUUCUUUCUAUUUGCUUCAACUUUGAUCGAUAUGGUUACUCAAUACUUAUGCAUAUGGUCCACUGUUCAUAUAUAACAUAUAGAUGCGCGAUGAAAUAGUUAAGAUAUGUGCAAAUGGAUAUAGAGAAGAAUCAAAAAUUAAAUGUGACACCCUUAAAGUCAAAAUCUCUUACACAAGUAAAGCAGUAAUAAUGAUAAUUGUGCUGUUUUUUUGUGACUUUGUAAGUCUGGUAUCCGUGUAUUGGAGGGGGGCAGUUGGAAGAAUUAAAUACAUUGGCCAAUCAUAAAGGCAACAUGCAUUUAUGAUUUUAUGUAAAAGAAGAAGACAGUUGAGUUUCAACUGGACCUACCAUGUGAUUUGGUGCAAAAAGAUUAGUAAUUUUAGCUACUAUAUAAUUGGCUUAAUAUAGUAUACCUUCCUGCAUGUCUAGGGUUUGAAAGUUUGAAGUAAUAUAAUUAUGGGAUUAUCAACUCGUUCACUUGUGUGUUUUCUUUCACUCGUGUUGUUUGUUGAUUGUGUUGUGUUUGCUGAUGUUAAUGGAGUUGGAGAUGAGAAGCUCCUCUUUGGACAUAGACCAAAGUUUGGGAAGCGUUUUGGUAAAGGUGGUGGAUUUGGAGGUGGAGGUGGAUUAGGAGGAGGUGGUGGUCUAGGUGGAGGUGGAGGCGGUGGCUUUGGUGGUGGUGGAGGUGGUGGCGUUGGUGGCGGUGCUGGUGCUGGAGGUGGCUUUGGUGGUGGUGCCGGUGGAGGCAUUGGCGGAGGUCUAGGAGGUGGUGGUGGUGGAUUUGGUGGUGGCGGAGGCAUUGGCGGUGGUCAUUAAUUGAUCAACAUACAUAUAGUUCCCCCAAUAUCUUGCAUGUACUAAGAAAGUGAUCAAAAGUGUUAUAUAUGUACUUUUGUAAUCCUAUUUAUAUGUUUGAGUACUUAGUAAAAAUUGUACUUGAACAAGAAUAUAGCAUUUACCUAUUACAUUUAAAGUCACUUUGUCCCUUAAAAGCUUUUUUACAUGUGACAUGUAAAGCUUAGGGACUAUUGUAUUAUCCAACCAUAUUAUUAAUAAAAAAUGUAGUUCUCUA